AUGAAGCAAGACGGCAGGGAGAGUUUAUCCAUUGAUCUGGAGCACCAGACGGGCGAGGUUUGUUCGCUGAAAAGCAGCAAACCAAGUCGGGAUCGAGUUGUGCUCAAACGCCAGAUUGGCUUGUGGGGUUGCAUCGCUCUGGUCGUGGGCACGGUCAUCGGCUCGGGGAUAUUUAUCUCCCCUAAAGGUAUCCUACAAAACACCGGCAGCGUGGGUCUGUCCCUCUUAGUCUGGGUGGCCUGCGGUGUACUUUCUACCAUCGGAGCCUUGUGUUACGCCGAACUGGGGACUAUGAUCCCGCGUUCUGGAAGCGAUUUCACCUACCUCUUGGAGAGCUUCGGCGCUGUGCCGGCAUUUCUACGAAUCUAUACAUUGAUAAUCGCAGCCCGCUCAGGAACAUGCGCCAUACUCAUGAUCACUGCAGCCACGUAUUUGACCGGACCUUUCUUUGGGGAAUGCACCAUUCCAAGGGUGCUCAUCCAGCUAUUAGGAACGACAGUACUUGGUAAAACUGAAAACUUUGAGAACUCAUUUACUCCAGUUACUGAUGUUCCACCUGAGAGGAUUCCGCUGGCUUUCUAUUCGGGUCUCUUUGCUUACGCAGGAUGGCAAUACCUGCCAUGUGUCACCGAGGAAAUGAUAAAUCCGUCCAGAAAUCUUCCAUUGGGAAUCGUCAUAUCGAUGGGCAUCAUUACUGUAAUCUACAUCAUGGCCAAUGUAGCCUAUUAUGUGGUCCUUUCUCCAGCGGAGCUGCUGGCUUCAGACGCUGUAGCUUUGACUUUUGGUGAACGAGUCCUGGGCUCUUGGUCUGUGUUAUGUUGGUUGGCCGUUGCUUUGUCUUGCAUAGGAGGUGCCAAUGGAACUAUUUUCGGAGCUUCAAGGUCUCUCAUGGUGUCAUCGCAAGAGGGCGUCAUGCCUGAAGUCCUGGGGAUGAUCCACGUGCACUACAAGACACCUCUACCAGCGGCACUCGCUUUCUUCCCCAUUGUUGUGUGCCUGCUGACCUUUGCAGAUGUCGGUGCGAUUCUCAACUACAUGAGUUUUUCCAACUGGCUAUUCAUAUGUGUGUCACUUGCCAUCAUCCCAUACUACAGAUGGAAAUAUCCAGACAUACCCAGGCCAUUCAAGGUUCCCGUCAUUCUACCCAUCAUCUUCAUUGCGUGCGGUUUGUUUGUAAUGGCUGUCUCCCUUUACUCUUCGCCGGUUGAAUGUGGCAUCGGGGCCGGCAUCACCGUGACAGGGAUACCAGUCUACCUGCUAUUCGUUUGGUGGGAGAAUAAACCCAGCUGGUUUACAAAUGCAAUCGACACACUAACGUCUGUCCUGCAGAGGUUCCUCCUGAUAGCGCCGCCAGAUACAAAGUCAGACUAGUGACAAGUCUACGCAACACAGAUGGAACUAGACUGCCGUAAUGUAUUUUUGCAUGCUGAAUACUAUUUCACGAGUAGCACUCAGAUGAAUGAUUUCAAAUAAAGAUAGAAC